AGUGAGGCAAUAUAACCUCUAUAUCUCAAUUCUCAAUUAUAUUGGAGCAAGAGACCCUGUGCUAUGUAACUAUACAGAAUAGUUGAAGGCUAAAGAACGUCCUCAGUUGGAGCUGUCGGGAUUAUAACUCACAAUCAGUUUAAUCAGUAAAUUAUGUGUGCGAAAAUGAAAAUGCAUGAAUGGUUAGUACAGUGCACUCAUGUAAUUAAUGAACAGAAUGCAGAAGCAGAUCGACGUGACAAGCUACUCGGAUCAUUAGCUUUGUUAUUAGCUAAAAAAAAUAAACGGGUCAAGAAAAAGCGUUUCUGGGUUGCGCCAAUUUUUAAAAAACGUUAUGAGCAUGGGUUUUACCAUGCCUUGCUGCCAACACUGAAAUUGGAAGAUUUGCGAUUUCAUAAUUAUUUUCGGAUGUCAACUAUGCAAUACGAAGAGUUGUUAGCCAUUGUAGGUCCACAUCUAGAAAAACAAUACGUCGUGCGAGAGCCGAUAAGUGCAGCAGAACGAUUAACGUUGACAUUACGAUUUCUGGCAGCUGGUGACUCUAUGUCUUCAAUGACGUAUCAAUAUUUGGUAGGCUUGACGACUGUAAGCAAUAUUAUUACUACAACAUGCAAGAUUAUUUGGGAACAUCUAUGCCCUUUGGUCCUUCCAUCUCAACUAUUUGAAGAUGAUUGGCGGAACAUAGCAGAAGAUUUUGAAGAUAUAUGGGACUUUCCACAUUGCAUUGGAGCAAUUGACGGAAAGCAUGUAACUAUUCAAUGUCCGGACAAUGCUGGCUCCAAUUUCUACAAUUACAAAAACAGUCAUAGCAUUGUACUAUUAGCUAUUUGUGAUGCCAAUUACAUUUUUCGAUUCGUCGAUAUUGGUGCGUAUGGCAGGCGAAGUGAUGGAGGCAUCUUUCGUGAAAGCCGGGUCGGUCAACAUCUUGAUGCAGGACAAAUGAAUAUCCCAAAAUCAGACAGUUUUUACAAGGGAGGACCGUCUUUGCCUUACUGCAUUGUCGGAGAUGAAGCCUUCCCACUGAAGUCGUAUUUACUGCGGCCAUUUUCUGGAAAGAAUUUGUCCGCCGAACAGAGCAUUUUUAAUUAUCCACUCAGCAGAGCCAGGCGAGUGAUAGAGAAUAGUUUCGGAAUACUUGCUAGUCAGUGGCGAGUUUACCGAAAACCGAUCAUUAGUAGCGUAGAAACUGCUAUGAAGAUUGUGCAAGGUACAAUCUGCAUCCAUAACUGGCUCCGCAGGAAUGACAUCGAGAACCGCUACAUUUCACCAGAUAUGCUAGAUAGAGAGACAGCAGAGAAUGAACACAUACGAGGUUUGUGGAGAACUAUUAUGGAAGAUGGUUGUGCAUUAGUGGACAUCUCAAAUUGUAGCACAAAUACAAGUACUCGGAAUGCCAUGCUUAUUAGAGAUGAAUUUUGUAAAUAUUUUAAUAAUGAAGUGUAAGAUCUUUAAU